UACCAAAUGGAGGAAAAGAAAAGAAAAUGUCUCCUUCAAUCCUUUGCUGAUGUACUCACAACAAUAUAAAGGUCCUUUUGUAACCCAAAUUAAGCAGAAAAGAUAAAAUAUGGGUCAAUCCCUCGACAAAAUAGAGAAGCACGAGGAGAAGAAAAUAAAAUUAAUUGGUCCGGCAGUUGAAAGUUGUUAUGGAGAGCUAGAAAAGCACAGUGAUCGUGACCAAACCUUCGAUAAUUUCUAUCAAGCACUAUGCGAAACUGUGGAAAAAAUCAAUGAAAAGCUUGGCAGCACACAAUUCCGGAUUACCAAGACAGACAGACUCCGUGACGCUUAUGAAAAGCAUCACAAAGAGGAAGAAAAACCAUUGACAUUACAAGAGUUUGAGGAGAUAUUGCGAGAAGUAAUAGAAGAGACAGGGAUUAGAGGUACUGGAGCCAAGGAUACUCUAAUUUACACCUUCGGAGUUCCCAUCGCUGCCUUUUUUAUCAAGCAGAGACUAAUUCCACGAGCCAUUCCUAACGUGUUUUUCAUUCCUGGAAUUACUUCUCUAACUGUCUUCCUUCUUUCUAAAUUUAACAAGAUUUAAUAAAUUACUACACUAUAUAAUUAUAUUGAAUAAUUCUUUUUUAAAGUAUGGAUAUACAUAAAUUUUUAUUUGUUUA